AUGGCAGACACUAUGCAAGCAGAUAAUACCGAAAAAGACAAUAACAGCGAUACCAAUCCUCAGCCUUCCGACAACACAACAACCACCAAAGAUGACAAGGCUGCCGCCAACAAACCAACCGGCGACUUCAAGAUCGACCUUGAAGAUGCCCUCAGUCCCGAUCCCGGCACGGAGGACAUGUUUGUCUGCGAGGACAAUCGCUUCGCAUACUCGCCUGGUCAGCUAUCCAAGCUCCUCAACCCUAAAAGUUGGAACGCCUUCUACGCCAUCGGUGGCCUCGCAGGUCUAGAGAAGGGCCUGCAGACGAAUCGCAAGGAGGGUCUAAGCGUCGACGAGACGGGAGUCGCCAACACCGUCGCCUUCGAGGAUGUGGCUGUCCAAGGCGCCCAGAGGCAUGGCUCGGUGACUGAGGAUCUCAUCGCCAAGGCUGCCAAGAAACAUAGCUCCGAUGGUGGUAACAAGUCAGGACACCCGCAGCCACCUCCCAUGAAUGUCGAGGCCGGCUCGCCCUUCGCCGACCGAAAACGCAUCUUCAGGGACAACCGCCUGCCGGCGAAGAAGUCCAAGUCGCUGCUGCAGAUCGCUUGGGAGACUUACAAUGACAAGAUCCUCAUCCUUCUGACGUUUGCUGCCAUCAUCUCGCUUGCGCUCGGUCUAUAUCAGACAUUUGGUGUGUCCCAUGAAGGUGGAGGAGCCAAAGUAGAAUGGGUUGAGGGCGUGGCCAUCCUGGUCGCAAUUUUUAUCGUCGUCCUUGUCGGAACCAUCAAUGAUUGGCAGAUGCAACGCAGCUUCAAUAAGCUGAACGCCAAACAUGACGACCGCCAUGUCAAGGUCAUUCGCUCGGGAAAGAGUGUCGAGUUGUCAGUCUACGACAUCUUGGUCGGCGACGUCAUGCAUCUUGAGACUGGCGAUUUGGUACCAGUGGACGGCAUAUUCAUCCAAGGUCAUGGUGUGAAGUGUGAUGAGUCUUCGGCCACAGGAGAGUCUGACUUGCUGAAGAAGACCCCUGCAGAUGAUGUCUUCGCAGCUCUUCAAAAGAUCCACGAGGGCAAAUCCGACAACAUCAAGAUUGAGAAGAUGGACCCAUUCAUUAUUUCAGGGAGUAAGGUCAAUGAGGGAACUGGAACCUUCCUGGUUACUGCUGUUGGUGUCCAUUCGAGCUACGGACGGAUCAUGAUGACGAUGCAGACAGGACAGGAGUCUACUCCCCUACAGCAGAUGCUUAACAAACUGGCUGAUAUGAUUGCAUACGCCGGCACAGGCUCUGCUCUGCUACUGUUUGUCGUCUUGUUCAUCAAGUUCCUCGUCGGCCUUCCCACCAACACAGACGGUCCCGACCAGAAGGGACAAACAUUCCUUCGACUGUUUAUCACCGCUGUCACUGUGGUUGUUGUUGCGGUUCCUGAGGGACUUCCAUUGGCCGUCACGCUUGCACUGGCAUUUGCCACCACCCGCAUGACCAAGGACAACAACCUCGUUCGUGUCUUGCGGGCUUGCGAGACGAUGGGAAACGCAACGACCAUCUGUUCAGACAAGACCGGAACCUUGACACAAAACAAGAUGACGGUAGUCGCGACCACUCUCGGGACGUCAGUCAGCUUUGGUGGCACCGAUGAGCCGCUUGAAGAACCCGAAAGUGGUCAAGAGAAGGAUCAGCAUAGUCAUGCCGAGUCUACUGUUCGCAAUGUUUCCGUCGAGGAGUUCUCGAAAAGCCUCAGCCAAGCGGUCAAAGACAUACUGAUCCAGUCCAACGCUGUCAACAGCACGGCCUUUGAAGGUGACCAGGAUGGUGAACAUACCUACAUUGGUUCAAAGACCGAGGUGGCUCUGUUGACUUUCACUCGUGACCACUUGGGCGCUCCGCCAGUGGCUGAGGUGCGAUCCAACUCCGAUGUUGUUCAGGUAGUGCCCUUCGACUCGGCUCUCAAGUACAUGGCAACCGUCGUCAAGCUGCCCGAUGGAAAGUACAGGGCCUAUGUCAAAGGUGCUAGCGAGAUCCUUCUCAAGCAAUGCACGCGAGUCCUGGCCGACCCUGAGUCAGAAGAUCUUGCUACCACAGAACUCACCGAGGAACUCCGCGAAACGUUCAACUCUACCAUCACUUCUUAUGCCGGCCAAACUCUGCGCACAAUCAGCUCUUCAUACCGCGACUUUGACAGCUGGCCGCCGUCUGAGGCAGCAAGCAAAGAAGACCCGGGCUCUGCCGACUUCAACAAGGUUCAUUCCGACAUGACGCUCGUCUCCAUCUUUGGUAUCAAGGACCCCCUUCGCCCUGGAGUCGUCGAUGCAAUCAAGGACUGCAAACGAGCAGGUGUGGUUGUGCGUAUGGUCACCGGCGACAACAUCUUGACCGGCCGAGCUAUUGCUAAGGAGUGCGGCAUCUACCGACCUGAGGAGGGAGGUUUGGCCAUGGAGGGUCCCGAGUUCAGGCGCAAAAGCGAUGAGGAACUCAAAGAAAUUGCGCCGAAGCUGCAGGUGCUCGCACGCUCCAGCCCCGAAGACAAGAGGAUUCUAGUCAAGACCCUCAAGGAGCUUGGCGAGACUGUUGCUGCUACGGGAGACGGAACCAACGACGCGCCGGCACUGAAAAUGGCCGAUAUUGGAUUUGCCAUGGGUAUAGCUGGCACUGAAGUUGCAAAAGAGGCCGCCGCAAUUAUUCUCAUGGAUGAUAACUUUGCCACAAUCGUCAAGGCCAUGGCCUGGGGUCGUACUGUGCGCGAUGCCGUCAAGAAGUUUCUUCAGUUCCAACUUACGGUUAAUGUUACCGCAGUAGUGCUUGUGUUCGUCAGCGCAGUCUCUAGCGCCACUGAAGAGUCUGUCCUGAACGCAGUGCAGCUUCUAUGGGUUAACCUGAUUAUGGAUACGAUGGCCGCGUUGGCCCUGGCAACUGACCCUCCUCAUCCGAGUGUACUCCACAGAAAACCUGAUCGCAAGUCAGCUGCUUUGAUCACUCCUGCUAUGGCAAAAAUGAUACUCGGCCAGGCCGUAUGCCAGCUUGCGAUUACACUUGUAUUGAACUUUGGAGGCUACUCUCUGUUGGGAUACGACUCUAUACCUGAUGGAGAGAUUAGACUGAAGACGCUAGUUUUCAACACUUUCGUGUGGCUCCAGAUCUUCAACGAAGUCAACAAUCGUCGCCUCGACAACAAAUUAAACAUCCUUGAAGGCGUCUUGAAAAACUAUUGGUUCCUUGGAGUUAACUUGAUCAUGAUCGGUGGUCAAGUUCUCAUUAUUUUUGUGGGCAGGGAAGCGUUCAAGAUUGUGCCCCUGGAUGGCAAAGAAUGGGGUAUCUCCAUUGGUCUCGGCGCCAUAUCUAUUCCCUGGGGCAUGUUCAUUCGCCUGAUUCCCGACCACUGGAUCCUCAAACUCCUCCCUUAUGCAAUUCGGCGACGAUGGGUGCCCGAGACUAUCAAAUCCGAAAAGGAACUGGAGAAACUCAAGAAGGACCAGGAGAAGGAUGCCGAGAAGGCUGCGGCGAAGAAGGCAAAGAAGGAUGCGAAGAAGGAGGCGAAGAAGGCCAAGAAGCGUGCAAAGAAGGGUGGAGCGGACGAGGAGAAGGCGUCGACACGAUCUGAAUCAGACGACGAGGACCACUUCAAGCCUCCUCUGCGAACACUCACGUCUAUCCGAGGCAACAGGGCCCGAAACCACAGCUUUUACGACGGACAUCGCGGGUUCCAUCAAUAUGUUCAUGAUCAGAAGCGAAAGGUCAAGGCCAAGGCGCACACGAUUGCCCAUUUGGACAGCAGUCAUAAGGAGAAGAAUGAGUCGGUCAAGUCUGAUGCUAGGCGGAGUUUAACGGCGCCAGCUGCUCCGCGGUCCCAAAAUGGGGAAGCAAGCCAAGCUUGA